UCUAUGGUGACUAUUGUAGCGUAGCCUAUCUAUAGCCAACCGAGCAUAUUUAUUCUAUGCUGCUUGUUUUGUUUUAUAAUUUGGAAGCGAAGCACAGGAUAACUGCAUAGUGACGAAAAGCACUUCGAGCUUACUAAGUUUUAUUCAGUGUAAUCGGUCUGUAAAAACAUUUUAUCCUUUAUAUAUAGAUGAAAAUGGAUGAUUCCAUAAAACGUGAAGAUUCUAUGGAAAGAGAACGCGAUCGAUCCAGACGCGGCGACCGGCCAAGCAGGUUCAGUGAUGCUACGCGCGAUAAAAGUAGAGAUCGGGAAGAACGCAGGCGAAAGGAUUUUAAGCGUUUGUAUGUCUCAAAUAUCCCAUACGAAUAUCGAUGGCAGGAACUGAAGGAUUUAUUCCGCGAAAAGGUGGGAGAGGUUGCGUUUGUAGAGCUUUUCUAUGAUGAAAAUGAAAAAUCUCGGGGAUGCGGAAUUGUUGAAUUUUCCAAUGACCAGUUGGGAGAAAAGGCUUUGGAUGUCAUGCAAGGCUAUGAAAUUAAAGGUCGCAAGCUGAAAUUGAAAGAGGAUGAUAACGCUGAAAGAGAUAAGCAUGGUUUCAUUAUAAAAGGAGGGAGACACCGGAAUGAUGACAGGCGUCCUGAUUUGCGAGAUGAAAUAAGAAGGUCUGGCUACAAUGAUCGUCUCUCAAAUGAUAUUCCAAGAAGUACACCCAACUUUAACACAUAUGGUUUGAGUUUGUCUUUCCUUGAAAGCUUGGGAAUUAAAGAACCUCUACAGAGUAGAGUUUUUGUUGCUAAUUUGGACUACAAAGUAGAUGCAAAGAAGCUGAGGGAGGUUUUUAGACUUGCCGGUAAAGUUCAGAAUGUCGACUUAUCUGUUGAUAAAGAUGGAAAUAGUCGAGGGUUUGCUGUGAUCGAGUUUGAUCACCCUGUAGAAUCUGUUCAGGCAAUUUCUAUGUUUGAUCAUCAAGCAUUGUAUGAUCGUAGAAUGACCGUUCGUAUGGACAGAGCAGUUGAAAAAUUGGAUCAUUCACGUUUGCCUGAAGGCUUAAAGGGAAUUGGUCAAGGUUUAGGCCCUAAUGGAGAGCCUUUAAGAGAUGUUGCAUACAAUUUGCCAAAUAAUAGCAGUAAUAACACUACAUCAAAUUCUGCACCUCCUCCAGUUGCUAACAACCCAAUUGGCAAUUCUAUUCCGCAAGGGCUUAAUCUUGCAGCAUUAAGUAAUGUUGUUGGGGGAAAUCUUGCUGGUCUAGGGACUAUUCAAAGCCUUGCGGGAAGUUUAGGUGCACUAUCAAACCCCCUACUGUCUUUAGGUGGAGGAGAUUUAGGUAAUUUAGGUAUUAAUAAUUCCAACUUGAAUGCUUUGAAUACAACAGCAGGGGCUAUGAAUGUGUCUAAUAACAUGGCAAGUGGAAAUCUUGCUGAACUUAACAAUUUGUCCUCCACUCAAAACACUCAACAAAUGUCUUCAUAUAAUAGAGACAAUGCAUACAACCAGAACUCAUCCCUGAAUAAUGCAGGAUACUUGAGUACAAGUUAUCCUAUUAGGGAUUCUUACAAUUCAAAUCAGCUGGAUUCAUAUGGAACUACAGACUUAUACAAGAAUUCUAAUAAAAUGAGUGGACAGGAUGGAGGAAACAGAUCUAGCAGCAAUAUACUUUCUGUCACAGAUACCCUUAUGAUAAGCAAUUUGCCAGCUAAUUGCACAUGGCAAGAUCUACGUGCAAAAUUCAGGGAUCUCAAUGGAAUUGAGAAUGUAGAGAUGCGUGGAAAAGAUUCAGGACUCAUCAGGUUUACAAACGAAGCCCAAGCCGCAAGAGCUUACAAAUCAAUCGACGGAACAAGAUUUUGUGGGAAGAAUCUGCACAUAUCCUAUUAUUAAGCUAAGUAAAAAAAAUUUUUAUUCUAGAAUAUGUUUUCUUUUUUUAAUGUAACCAAUGACUAUAUUUGUAUGUAACCAA